AUGGCGGAAGCGAAAGCGGAAGCCGAAGAUUUCACUCUUCAACGCCAAAUCACCACCAACGCCGCCGACGGUUCCGCCGCCGCCGCCGCUGCGCUCGGCGAGGAGGAACCGAAUCUAUACGCCUUCGAGUAUGACUCUCUUUCACCUCCCACUCCCACCCUUUCAGCUUCUUUUGAUGAUUUCAACUUCGCCCCAAAUUCACCCUCGCAUUCUCACAACUCCUCCGACUCUCUUCCCAAUUCCCUCUUUUACGACGAUGAAGACCAAAUGAAUUUCGUCACCGAUUUGUUCGAUUCUCGCGACGAUGGGGCGCCAAAUGAUGUAGCUAGGGUUUAUACAGGUGGCUCGAAUGGUGUAAGUAGUUCGGAGGAGCUAGAGUUAGGGUUAGGGUUAGGGUUAGGGUUUGGAUCUGAUUUCGAUCCGGCUAUUAUUCCUUUCGAAUCGCAUAGUUUUCCAUCUACUGAUGGCCUUCGAAUCGUCGGGAUGGGCUCGGAGUCAGACACGGAGGAUUCAGAGGUGAAUUCUGGGGUUAGUUAUCGAAAUGGGGAUGUGCCGGGUUUGUUGAAUUGUCUUCGGUUUGAUAAUCGGCGAGAUUUGAACGAAGAAUUCGAGUGGGAAGAAGUGAAUGAAAGGGUCGUGGAGAGGGAUAAUUUGAGUUCAAUGAUUGAUCGAAUCGAAGAAAUUUCAGUUUCCUCAGAGAUUUCUUCUUCUGAGGGAGAGAACUCAGUUUCUGGUGAUGGAGGAGAAGAGGAUGGGCAAAGGGGUUUAGAAUGGGAGGUGCUGUUGGCAAUGAAUGAUCUUGAAAGACAUCUUGAAUUCGAAAAUGAUGAAAGUAUUGGUGAUGGGAUAUCAUACUUAGCUGUUAAUGAUGAUCAGGCUUAUGCUACAGACUAUGACUAUGAUGCCCUAUUUGGGCAACUUUUGGAGAUCGAAGGUGCUUUGAAGGGUAGUCCUCCUGCUUCCAAAUCGGUAGUAGAAAGUCUUCCUUGCGUGGUCUUCACCGACGAGGAGGUGAGCAAAAACAACGUCUCUUGUGCGGUUUGUAAAGAUGAUAUUUUGGUUGGAGAGAAGGUGAAUAGGCUACCUUGUGCCCAUCAUUACCAUGGGGAUUGCAUUGUGCCAUGGCUAAGCAUUCGGAACACAUGCCCUGUUUGUCGUUAUGAGUUGCCCACAGAUGAUGCUGAUUACGAGAAGAAUAAAAGUGAGAUGCCGACGGGAGGCUGGAGCUGGCUCUAUCAAUGA